GAUGGCAGCGUCUCGGUCAGUCUCUUACCGGUACUGCAAACUUACUGACCUUAUUCCCCGUGCUUUAAAGAACAAACUUCAAUCAAGCUCUUUGUUUUUAUUGUUUUUUAAUUUUGCAGAACCGUUUAAAGUUGCUGAAUAAUGCCUGAGAAGAUCCGCAUCAAUAGCCCUAAUGUGCACUACACUGAGAGGUUCAUCGAGUCCCGGUACUCGUACCACACGACCUCAGUGACCCAGAGCGGAGACACGUACACGGUGACGCCCCACAGUACUGAGUUUACAUUCCGCACAGAGCGCCAUGUGCCCAAGCUUGGAGUCAUGCUUGUGGGGUGGGGCGGAAACAAUGGCACCACAGUCACUGCUGCUGUGCUGGCCAAUAAGCUUGGCCUGAGCUGGACAACCAAGACUGGUGUCAAGAGGGCCAAUUACUAUGGUUCACUGCUGGAGUCUUCCACUGUGUCUCUGGGCUUUGGACCAAAGGGGGAGAUCUUUGUGCCAUUCAGAGAACUGCUGCCAAUGGUGCACCCUAAUGACAUCAUAUUUGAUGGAUGGGAUAUCUCCUCUAUGGAUCUUGGUAGCGCAAUGGAGCGUGCUCAGGUUCUGGACUGGAGCCUUCAGGAGAUGCUUCGUCCCCACAUGAGCAAGCUCAAACCAAGGCCCUCCAUUUACAUCCCAGAUUUCAUUGCUGCCAAUCAGGAGCAGAGGGCUGACAACAUCCUCACAGGCACCAAAGCAGAGCAGAUGGAACAAAUCCGUAGAGAUAUCCGUGAUUUCAAGGAGAAGAGCGGCGUGGACAAAGUCAUAGUGCUGUGGACGGCAAACACGGAAAGAUUCUCAGAUAUCGUGACUGGUGUCAAUGACACUGCCAAGAACCUUCUUGCUUCCAUCCAGAAUGGAGGAGAAGUAUCUCCAUCCACCCUGUUUGCGGUGGCUAGUAUCCUGGAGGGUUGUGCGUACAUCAACGGCUCACCUCAGAACACUUUCGUACCUGGAGCUGUAGAGCUGGCCGUUCAGCAUGGAGUCUUCAUAGGAGGAGACGACUUCAAAUCGGGCCAGACAAAACUGAAGUCUGUUCUGGUGGAUUUUCUGGUCAGCUCAGGGAUCAAGCCAACUGCCAUCGUGAGCUACAAUCACCUAGGAAACAACGAUGGCAUGAACCUGUCUGCUCCACAGCAGUUCCGAUCUAAAGAGAUCUCCAAAAGCAACGUGGUGGACGACAUGGUGGAGUCCAAUCCGGUGCUGUACAAGCCCGGAGAGAAACCUGAUCACUGUGUGGUCAUUAAGUACGUCCCCUAUGUGGGAGACAGCAAACGAGCAAUGGACGAGUACACAUCAGAGAUCAUGAUGGGUGGCACGAACACAAUUGCUCUGCACAACACAUGUGAGGAUUCACUGCUGGCCAGUCCCAUUAUUCUGGACCUGGUCAUUCUGACCGAGCUGUGUCAGCGAAUCACUUUCCGCACACAACAGGACUCAUCCUUCCAGUCCUUCCACAGUGUCCUGUCCAUACUCAGCUUCCUCUGCAAGGCCCCGCUCGUACCGCCUAAUGCACCGGUGGUCAACGCUUUCUUCCGCCAGCGAGCCUGCAUCGAAAAUGUCAUGAGGGCUUGUCUCGGCCUUCCCCCUCAGAACCACAUGCAGCUCGAGCACAAGAUGCAGAAAAGCUUCGAGGUUUGUCAAGACAAUAAAGUUCACAGCACUGUAGCCACAAAGGGGACAAACAUCAUCACCAACUUGUAUCAAUGCAUUGAGUGUGGUGGAGUCUCUGACCAGAAGAAUGUUGACAGAUAAAAAAGAAUGUAAGAUUUUACAAAAUGUAAAAUCUUAUCUGUGAAGAGCAAAUGUGGGUGCAGGAUUUCAUUCCAAACAAGCAGAAGUCACACCUGAGUCUAUUAAAAGCCAAUAUCAACUGAAAGUGUGGCUCCUGCUUGACUGGAAUAAAAACCUGCACCCACAGUGGCCCCUUACAGAUAAGUUCGGGAGCCCCUGGUCUAAUAGAAGACUUUAUUACUAACUUUGCUUCACUUCAUGGAGAACAUAUAAUAUUAAUCCAUCAUAAUGUGUCUUGCUCUAAACUAACUAAAUUUUGGAAAUGGGUUCCUUUGUGAAAUGAAGCUAUAUAACUUUUUUUUCCCUAAGCAACUAACUUGAAACACAAAUAUUAAUAUGCCGAGAGGGUCAAACCUUUCAAAAAUAUUUUAACAUUUAAAAAAUGCACUUUAUACAAUUGCUAAUUGUACUAAUAUAAAACGUGAAGAUCUGUUCAGGCUUUUUUGAGGGUUAUUUGAUGCUUCCAUAGAGACAGCUUAUACCAGAGGGUACAAAAACCCAAAGAGCCCUUGAAGAACCAUUUUACCACAGUGUACUGUAUUAUUAUUAUUUUUAUUAUUAUCAUGAUUAUUAAUAUUAUUAUAUUCAUGUGAAAUCAUUUGUAGAUGUAGAAGCAGAACAAAUGUAAUCAAAGCAAGACCUGUCAAAUGUCUGAUUUUAUUGAUCAGCAGAAUGCACAAGCAAGAAACUUUUAAAAGUUACAUAAUGUUCAUGAAACUUUUUUUUAAAAGACUGUGUUGU